CAACGAAAAUAAUUUUAUGGUUGAGGGUCACCACAACAUGAAAAACUGUAUUAAGGGGUUGCAGCAUUAGGAUGGUUGAAAACCGCUAAUCUAGGGAGUGGAGUGGUGGGUGGAAGGGUACUUAGUGAGCUGUGCAACGAGGAGCUAAUGGUGGGAUUUUAGGCAGGGGCCUAGCCUGCCUGGCCCUCUGCUCUUCAUGGAUUAUGUGUGUAGGAGUGGGGGACCAAGGCAGGGCCAGGCAAAGGAUGCUGACUCUAAGGAUGCAGCCCCUGCCACUCACCCCAGGGGCUUCCCUUCCGUGUCCUCCCUGGAUCAUAAGGUAGAAGCCACCCACCCCUGAGACAUACAGAUAAGGAAACAGGCUUUGAAUGUAGCAGAGAUCUCAGGACCCCUACCUCCCAGCCUUGCUCUGGGCACACCAGGCUUCCCUGCCCCUUCUCUAUGGCAGAUCCUCACCCCCACCCAGGCUGCCCCCAGCAGCUACAGCUGCUGAGCACUCCUUAAGUGGAUCUGCCAUAAUCCUCUUCCCUUCAUCCCCCAGGGAGGAUGAGCUGGUGUUAGGACUAAUGCAGCUGUUAAUCCUAUUUCCUUCCAGCCCCAGGAACAGCUGUGUGGAGGGUGUCUAGGGUCUGAAUUGAGAAUGAAAGGACCUCAGGCUAAAAUGGGUGUCCCGGAGGCCAGGCUAGAUCAGACACAUUGAUUAUGACUCAGAGGCUUCUAACUGCUAGCAGUGGCUCAAGCUGCCUGGAGAGUAGCUUGAUCAGAGCUGUGGGAGCAGGAGGCAGAAUGGGAUUCCUGUCUGGGGUGGAGUCCCUCAGCUGUGCAGGGUCAGAAUUCUGCAUGGACAGUUGCUGCGUCUGAAAGCUAACCAACCAGAGGGGAAAACAAAACACAUGUGCUGGGGAACUGUCACUUCCAGACAGGCGAUGCCAAUCACCACCUUUAGCCACUGGUCCUGCCCUCUUCUGGACCUACCUCUGUCUUCGUUGGGCACCUGGAGACCUUCAGACCAGACCCACAUCUGGGCAGCCUAUGUCUGCAGCCUGGCAUAGGACCCCCCUGCAUCCUAGCACAGGCUGUGCUGAAGAAGGAAGAUGUGAGAUGGAUGGAACCAGGGCCUUCUGGGAAUGCCACCGGGUUUGGAAAAGCUCAGAAGCUGGGUAGGGAAGUGCAGAGAAGCUUUGCCCACCGAGGCCAUGGAGGUGGAGGCUGUGGAGGCCCGGUCCCAAGGCCCCGGCUAUAAGCGCUCCGGCCGCCGUUACAAGUGCCUGUCCUGUACCAAGACGUUUCCAAAUGCGCCCAGGGCAGCGCGCCACGCUGCCACACACGGGCCUGUAGAUUGCACAGAGGAAGCAGCCGAGGUGAAGCUAAAGCCAGAGGCAGAAUCCAAAGCGGAAGGUGCCAGCGGGGACAAGGUGUCAGGUGCAGCAGCUAAGCCUCGGCCCUAUGCGUGCCCACUGUGCCCCAAAGCCUACAAAACGGCUCCCGAGCUGCGCAGUCAUGGGCGCAGCCACACGGGUGAGAAGCCCUUCCCUUGCCCCGAGUGCGGCCGCCGCUUCAUGCAGCCAGUAUGCCUGCGCGUGCACCUGGCCUCGCACGCUGGCGAGCUGCCGUUCCGCUGCGCGCACUGCCCUAAGGCCUAUGGCGCGCUCUCCAAACUAAAGAUCCACCAGCGCGGCCACACUGGUGAGCGGCCGUACGCCUGCGCCGACUGCGGCAAGAGCUUUGCCGACCCGUCUGUGUUCCGCAAGCACCGGCGCACACACGCUGGCCUGCGGCCCUACGGCUGCGAGCGCUGUGGCAAGGCCUAUGCAGAGCUCAAGGACCUGCGCAACCACGAGCGGUCCCACACUGGUGAGCGGCCCUUCCUCUGCUCAGAAUGCGGGAAGAGCUUCUCCCGCUCAUCCUCGCUCACCUGCCACCAGCGCAUCCAUGCAGCGCAGAAGCCCUAUCGUUGCCCGGCCUGCGGCAAGGGCUUCACGCAACUCAGCUCCUACCAGAGCCACGAGCGCACUCACUCUGGGGAGAAGCCCUUCCUGUGCCCCCGCUGCGGCCGCAUGUUCUCGGACCCCUCAAGUUUCCGGCGCCACCAGCGGGCGCACGAGGGCGUGAAGCCUUACCGUUGCGAGAAGUGUGGCAAGGACUUCCGGCAGCCUGCGGACUUGGCCAUGCACCGGCGCGUGCACACCGGCGACCGGCCGUUUAAGUGCCUGCAGUGUGACAAGACGUUCGUGGCGUCCUGGGAUCUCAAGCGGCACGCGCUGGUGCACUCGGGCCAGCGGCCCUUCCGCUGUGAGGAGUGUGGGCGAGCCUUUGCCGAGAGGGCCAGUCUCACCAAGCACAGCCGGGUGCACUCAGGGGAGCGCCCCUUCCAUUGCAACGCCUGCGGAAAGUCCUUUGUGGUGUCGUCCAGCCUGAGGAAGCACGAGCGGACCCAUCGAAGUAGCGAGGCCUCAGGGGCUCCCCCACAACAGGAGCUGGUCGUGGGACUGGCGCUGCCUGUCGGUGUGGCAGGCGAGGGCCCGGCGGCCCCAGCAGCAGGUGCGGGGCUAGGGGACCCUCCAGCAGGACUGCUCGGGCUGCCCUCGGAAUCAGGCGGUGUGAUGGCCACCCAGUGGCAAGUGGUGGGCAUGACGGUGGAGCAUGUGGAGUGCCAAGAUGGUGGCGUUGGGGAGGCUCCUGGUCCCUUGGGGGGUGCAGGUGAGGUGGGGUGUGAUGAGGUUGAUGAGAAGCCGCCGCAGUUCGUGUGUCGGGAGUGCAAGGAGACGUUCUCCACACUGACGUUGCUGCGCCGGCAUGAGCGCUCGCACCCAGAGCUCCGGCCCUUUCCCUGCACCCAGUGCGGCAAGAGCUUCUCAGACCGGGCUGGGCUACGCAAGCACAGCCGCACACACAGCGCGGUGCGCCCCUACACAUGCCCCCACUGCCCCAAGGCCUUCCUGAGUGCCAGCGACCUGCGCAAGCAUGAACGCACCCACCCCGUUCCCAGCGGGACCCCCACGCCCCUCGAGCCCCUGGUGGCUUUGCUAGGAAUGCCUGAAGAGGGGCCAGCCUGAGGCCCUGCCCCUUCCUGAGCACUCCCGGGGAGCCCAGCCCUCAUAGGGUGCCCCCUGAAUCUUCCUUUGCCCAGCAUACUAUUUAGACCAGAUCCUGCUCCCCAGGCAGCCAGCUCACCUUCCCAACAAAGAUCUGGGGACAGUGGAGGCUGGCCCCCUGCUGGUGAAAGUCCUGUCUCUCUCUGAGUGACACUCAUUAAAGCAUUCUCUUUGACACUG